UCCGUUCACUCGUGUCACAUUUUCUAACCUCAAAACUUAUCAUCAUGUCUGGCCGCGGUAAAGGAGGCAAAGUAAAGGGAAAGUCAAAGACCCGUUCAAGCCGUGCUGGACUCCAGUUCCCAGUCGGUCGUAUCCAUCGUAUGUUGCGUAAAGGAAACUACGCAGAACGUGUUGGUGCUGGUGCUCCAGUCUACCUCGCAGCUGUCAUGGAAUAUCUGGCCGCUGAAGUUCUCGAGUUGGCAGGCAACGCUGCUCGUGACAACAAGAAGACUCGUAUCAUCCCACGUCAUCUCCAGCUGGCCAUCCGUAACGAUGAAGAAUUGAACAAACUUCUCUCAGGAGUCACCAUCGCUCAAGGUGGAGUUCUUCCCAACAUCCAAGCUGUCUUGUUGCCCAAGAAAACCGAAAAAAGCAGCUCUUAAAUUUAACAUCAAUUCAUAUAAAAAACAAAACGGCCCUUUUCAGGGCCACCAAAUUUUUCAAAACGAAAGAAUCUUAUUCAAGUUAAUAAUUAACUAUAAAAUUUUAAAUCUCGAUCGAUGAAAUUAAAGCCUUCUUUCUAAGAACACCAUACUCAUCUCAAAAAUUAUUACAGGUCAUAUAUUUGAAAAUUAUCGAUCCUGAUAACUUAUUUGUUGGGUCAAAAAAAUGAUCAAUCUAUUCCUAAAUUAAUAUAUCAGUUGAAAAUUUCAGUAACAAAAAUUUGGCGCGAAAUUUUUGAUAUUUCAAAUAAACAGUUUCUAGAACCUUUUAUAGAAUUUGCAUAAUUUACCGAUGGGGUCUUGCAAUAUUUUCAAACAAGACAAAUUUAGCUGCAGCUUUUCCUACCUGUCAAUUUUCGCGCGAGAUAAUUAUUUAUAUUUCAUUACUUAUAAGCAUGGCCGCAAUGAACAUAAAUCGUAGCUGACAAAGAUGAAUUUUUUAAUUGCAAAAUACCGCUUUGCUAAUAAAAAAGCAUAACUAUUGUUAUUGUUAGUUGUCAUAAUCUAUGGGAUUUCAAAAUUAAUCGAUUAUUAUUUUCUUUAGUCUUUAGUAUAAGUUUAGUAGCUAAUCAUUGCAUGAAUUAGUAAUAGUAUUUAGUUUUAUAAAUAAAUGGAGUGAUUGACAAUUGGAUGUCAACUUAAUGCCAUUCUCCAACGGUGCCCCCCACUUUUUUCCAAAAAAUGUGGCGCCACCUGGUGGCCGACAGCCGCA